AUGGGAGAGUGGACCAUUUUGGAAAGGCUGCUGGAGGCUGCGGUGCAACAGCAUUCCACCAUGAUAGGCAGGAUCCUGCUGACAGUGGUGGUGAUCUUCCGCAUCCUGAUUGUGGCCAUCGUGGGAGAGACGGUUUACGAGGACGAGCAGACGAUGUUCAUGUGCAACACCCUGCAGCCCGGGUGCAACCAGGCCUGCUACGACAAGGCCUUCCCCAUCUCGCACAUCCGCUACUGGGUGUUCCAGAUCAUCCUGGUCUGCACGCCCAGCCUCUGCUUCAUCACCUACUCCGUGCACCAGUCGGCCAAGCAGAGGGACCGCCGCUACUCCUUCCUCUACCCACUGCUGGAGAAGGACGGCAGGAAGGUGAAGAACGUCAACGGCAUCCUGGUGCAGAACCCAGACGGCUCCUCCAAGGAGGAACCCGACUGUCUGGAGGUGAAGGAGAUCCCCAGCGCCCCCAUGCGGCCCCCCAAGAGCUCCAAGGUCAAGCGACAGGAGGGCAUCUCCCGCUUCUACAUCAUCCAGGUGGUUUUCCGCAAUGCCUUGGAGAUUGGCUUCCUGGCAGGACAGUACUUCUUGUACGGCUUCAACGUGCCGGCCAUUUUCGAGUGCGACCGCUACCCGUGCGUCAAGGAGGUGGAGUGCUACGUGUCGCGGCCCACGGAGAAGACCGUCUUCCUCGUCUUCAUGUUCGCCGUGAGCGGGAUCUGCGUCCUCCUCAACCUGGCCGAGCUCAACCACCUCGGCUGGCGCAAGAUCAAGACCGCCAUCCGAGGGGUGCAGGCCAGGCGGAAAUCCAUCUGCGAGGUGCGAAAGAAGGACCUCUCCUCGCUGGCCCAAGUGCCUACGCUCGGACGGACGCAGUCGAGUGAGUCCGCCUACGUCUGAGCGCUCCCGAUCCUGUUUGGUUGGGGCGGGGAUCGGGGCCUCGGUGGGUCUGACAUCGCCCACGCAGCAAGGAGAACGCAAUCUGCUGAGCUGACCGCAAUACCUCCCAGGUUAACCAUGCAAUAUUCAGUGGGUGCUUUCAAAAACAAAACACCCUCCUCGCUUUCAGAGGACGGGGCCUCAUGUUCACUUUAAGGGCUGAUUAGGGAAACCCAGCCACUCAGGAGCCAUGGGGCAGGAGCAAGGGGGAGGGAAAUGGAGGAAGAGGCUUGCUUCCCCUCCCUCCUAGCGCUGGCUCCCAUCGAAAUAUUUUCUCUUCUCUACACUUAACUAAUGGUGCAAGCAAAACGGUGCGGUUUGUGGAAACUUGUGCCUACGACUCCUUUUUACGGACAGGUGAUGAAAACGCAUGA